GGCAGUAGCACUAUAGGAGAAAAAAGGCGCUGGCGUUUUUGUGUGCGUGUGUGUGUGUGGAUUUGCCGUGGAAAGCCAUUUGUCUGUAUUCGUUAGUGAAAGCAUGAGUAGUGCGCAAUGGACUACUGGUUUGUGGAGGGUGCAGGAUAAGCAGACAAAUAUGUUAAAAGUUGGUCUGUGAGUCAGCGCCUGAGAAUCGACUUCAAUCUGGCGAGGUAGUAGGCUAUGGCAGGACAUAUAAUUGGAAAUCAGAAGAUAAUGGCCUCCUUUUUGUUGGUGUUUUUAUUGAUACCUCUGAUACAUGCUGGGCGUAGAAGCAGGCUGUCGCGGAAGAAGCUGGAAGUUCGCAACCACUUGAAGCGCUUGAACAAGCCCCCUCUUAAAUCCAUCAAGAGCCCCGAUGGGGAUAUAAUCGACUGCGUCCAUAUUGCCCACCAACCGGCUUUUGAUCAUCCUUCCCUCAAAGACCACAAAAUUGAGAUGAGACCCAAUUUCUACCCAAAAGGACUUUUCAAUGAGAGUAAGGUCUCCUUUGAUGAAGAUGUAAGGAAUUCGAAGCCCAUUGUCCAGCUGUGGCACUUGAAUGGAAGAUGUCCAGAAGGAACUAUUCCCAUCAGGAGAACUAAAAAAGAUGAUAUAUCAAGAGCAACCUCUGUCAAAAAUUUUGGUAGGAAGAAGCAUCUCACCUUCCCUCAACCCCGGUCUGCAGAACCUCAUCUCAUUAGUCAAAGUGGCCAUCAGCAUGCAAUAGUUUAUGUGCAAGGUGACAAGUAUUAUGGAGCUAAGGCAACCAUAAAUGUUUGGAAACCCAAAAUACAACAAGCUAAUGAAUUCAGCUUAUCUCAAAUCUGGAUCCUUGGAGGUUCUUUUGAUCAAGAUCUUAAUAGUAUUGAAGCUGGCUGGCAGGUCAGUCCAGAUUUAUAUGGAGAUAACAGAACUAGACUCUUCACUUACUGGACUAGCGAUGCAUAUCAAGCAACUGGCUGCUACAAUCUCCUGUGCUCAGGCUUUGUUCAAAUUAAUAAUCAGAUAGCAAUGGGUGCAAGCAUCUACCCAGUUUCUGGCUAUGGUGGCUCCCAAUAUGAUAUCAGCCUACUUGUUUGGAAGGACCCAAAAGAAGGUAACUGGUGGAUACAGUUCGGGAAUGACUAUGUGCUAGGAUAUUGGCCAGCUUCACUCUUCUCCUACCUGGCCGACAGCGCUACAAUGAUCGAGUGGGGAGGCGAGAUCGUAAACUCCGCAUCUGAUGGGCAGCAUACCACCACUCAAAUGGGAAGUGGCCAUUUUCCGCAAGAAGGAUUUGGGAAGUCUUGUUAUUUCAGGAAUAUUCAAAUUGUUGAUGGAUCCAAUAAUCUCAGGGAUCCUAAAGACAUUGAUACUUUCACUGAGCAAUCCAAUUGCUAUGAUGCGCAAAAUGGCAAUGAUGGUGAUUGGGGCAACUACUUUUUCUACGGUGGUCCUGGUAGAAACCCAAACUGCCCGUGAUAAUUUCUCCGUUUCGGCCUGUAAUUUGUAAAAUUUGUGCAGGUUCUUUGUAUCCUUCUAAGCCUUCGUCAUGUAAAUCGUACUGCGUAAGUAUUUCACCGCUUCUUAAUUAAGCUUUAGAACAAACAACCUUCUCUGGAACUGCUACUCAUUUAUUUAUAUAUUCAUUUAUUUUGAACUGAUGCUAGCUUCAUCUUAAUCUUAUUGAAGCUAGCUACGAAUUCAGGUUGGGAUA